CAGUCGGGACGGUACCCUUCAGUCCGGCGACGAGUUAGUUUCCGUAAAUGGCCAGUCCGUUAAAGGGAAGACGAAAGUGGAGGUGGCUAAAAUGAUUCAGGCCACCAAGGUAACAUAUCCCGAAGUUCUUUUUGGUAUUCUGAACUUCCAUUUUCUUUCCUAUUUAUUUCACAACGAUCCACGUGUCUGCUGGUGAAAACUGCUUAGAUAUAGAAAUUAAAACAUGAAUUUACGUAUUAAUCUACACCGUGUGCCACAUAAAACGAUCCACUAUACGAUCUGGAAACCUAUAGGAGAUACGAAAAAAAGUUUCAUAAAAAAAGUUUCUUGCACUCUCCUGGAGAUUUAAAAUAUUAUAAUUUUGUUGAUACAGGGUGUCCCGAAAGUGUAACCCCCUACAUCAACUUUGUUAUUUUAAAGGGAACACCCUGUAUAUAUCCACAUUUUUUGUAUCCUUGGUUAAAAUAAAGGUCACUUUCUUAACAAAUCCCUAAUCGAAUUUUGCAUAGUUUACGCAGAAAUUGAGGUUAUGUGUUUUUUUUUUUCGUAUUUUGAUAGCCCCAUAUAAAAUUGUGUUGUGACGCUACUGACCCAGGCAUUUCGACGAAAAUUUAACCACAGACUAAGUAGAUGAUGCAUUACUCAAUCAGUUUGACGGAUGCGCCUCGGCUUAUACAGGGUGUCCCAAAUAGGUGGUGCCGUUUUGGCGAAUUCAAUUAACAAAAUAUCAAGCUUCUCAAAUGGAACUCCUUAUUUAUUUAUAUCAGAAAACAAGGUAAGUUUGUAAUUUAUCUUAUAUUUAAAUUUCACUUAUUUUUUGAGAUAUUCGAAUUUUAAGAUAAUACUUGUUGAAUUUUAAGCUGCCCACAUUUGGUCACUUGUUUUCAAUAUUAAGAGCGCAGAGGCGGCCACUAAACUUUAUUUCGAUAUUUAUUCAGAGCAACACAAAUUUUACAAGCGGAUAUUUCGGACGUUAAACAAUAAUUUAGCCAAUGAUGUUUCAAAAAGCCAAGGCAAAAUCAAAACCAGUUAAAUGAAGAACAGGAACUCUGGGAAUUGAAUAUGAAUGCAGAAGUAUUGGAAAAUCCACGAUGUGCCGGAGGAGUAACAUUUUGCAAUUGGUUUACCGGAAAAUGCAAUGAGUACAUUAAUUUCCCAUUAUCUAUUGUUUAGAGCUCUCGCUGAAGCACAGAAAAACCUCAUACUGUAGUGUUUUUUUUUUUAAUUUGACAGCCGACAUCAGCAAGAUGGUUGUCCCGCUCGCAACAUACUGAUUGUACGUGAACUUUUAAAUGAAGAGUGUGAACAAUGUUGGUUUGCAACUACUGGUGCCAUUCUGUGGCCUGCGAGAUCGUAUGAUCUAACUCCUCUUUUUUUUAAAAGGGGAGAUUAAAUUAUAUAUUUAAAGAUUGAAAGCAAAGUUAGAUUAAACCACUGGAGAAGCAUAUAGCGCUAUUCAGCACGAAAAGAGAACCUUCAGUGUAUUGGAGACAAAAUCACGCGCAGAUAAUUAGACGACAAUCCCGGAAUUUUAGAUAUUUACCAUAUAACAGGAAUGACUUUCUCAGACGCAGAUUAAAAAGUAUUACAUACUGGAAUUGAAUCUGGACCUAUUGCGGAUUUAGGUUUAACUACUCUAACAGCUUUUUGCACCUGAUAUUCGGAAAACUUUCGUAUGUUUAUAUUUGAGAGAACCCCCGUUAGAAAAUGACUGCCGGUGUGAUUAAAAUUUAUAAAGCUGGGUACACCCGAGAUUUCUCUUUCUUAGGAUCUUUUUUAUUGUCAUAUUCAAUUGAUAUCAUAUCAGAAGAUAGCUUUUAUAGGAGUCCUUAAUUUCAGCUUUUAUCUUUGAAAUAAGGCACGAGUUGUUACAGAAAAUUUGCUUAUUUUUGUAAGAAAAGCUAUAAAUAUGAAAAAAUACAAAAUUAAAUUUCAAACCCAAUAAAAGUGCUAAAUCCUGGGUGUUAUAUUUCACACAAUUUAGUUUUUUAAUUAGAAAAACCACUUUUUUGUUUGUGACUUCUCUUUAUAGAUAGGUCAAAGCAUUAAAUAUUAACCACUUCCGUGGAUCCAUAAUGAAAAUUGCGAAGUGUAAAAAAUACAUUUUCCCGCAAAAAAAGGAAACAUACGCUUUUCUCAAAAAUUAUUCAAAAUUUCUUAUUUUAUGUAAGGACAAAAAAUACUCAAAAUAAAGCGAAUAAUUUGAAUUUCUAAAAAUAUUCAUGGCAUUGCAUAAAAAAAAAUUAAAGAUCCUGGCACAACACCCUAUAUACAUAAAAACACUAUAAAUAAAAUAUAUAAUUUUUCAAGGAAACUUCCACAGGCACUGUAAUACUUUUUAUAAAACUUUUGGAUUUCUCCGGCGUCGGUUUGUGUUUUGUCGCUUUUGUUGCUUAGCAAGUUCGAGUCAACAAAAACCGACGCAGUAGGGUCAAACACUUUUUGUCUUUAAUUUUUUUUCUUCAAUGGCGUAUUUAUUGAAAUAAGCUAUAGGAGCAUCUUUACAAUCUCCAGUAGCUCAGCUUCCUGCUUCUUUACUUCUUGUUGCCAAUGGAUGGUGUUAUGGGUGCCAUUUUCGAAUUUUCUUGAAUGGUAACUGGCAUUAUCCCUGAUUGUAACAGACCCAGCAGGAAUAGGAUCUGGUAUUUGCUGGAAGAUGAAGUGGUCAUCAACUAUAACAAACUCCACGCCGAUCCGCAACAGGGUAAAAGUCUGGACAUCGUCCUGAAGAAAAUGAAACACCGGCUUGUCGAAAACAUGAGCUCGUCGACGGCUGACGCGCUAGGCUUGUCCAGGGCUAUUCUCUGCAACGACACUUUGGUGAAGAAGAUGCAAGACCUACAAGACACGGAACUGAUGUACAGAGGAUUGGUCGACCAUUGCAAGCGCGUGCUACACGCUCACAUGGAACUAAUGCAAACUGUGAAAGGGAUAGGUGACGUGUUCGUCACUUUGGCUGUUAGAGAACCUCAGCCGAGGGCGAGCGAGGCGUUUCGUUACUUUGGAGAGCAACACAGGAACAUGGAAAAGGCUGGACUCGAGAUGACAAAAAAGGUUAAGCCAGUACUGGCAGACAUGGGGACGUAUCUACACAAAGCAAUUCCGGAUACUAGAUUGACGGUUCGAAAGUAUGCUGAUGCGAAGUUUGAGUAUUUGGCUUACUGCCUAAAAGUGAAAGAGAUGGACGACGAGGAGUGUGGAUACGCGGCUUUGCAGGAGCCAAUCUAUCGGGUCGAAACUGGAAAUUAUGAGUACAGACUAAUAUUGCGGUGUCGACAGCUGGCCCGGGCAAGAUUCGCCAAGCUUCGAGCGGACGUGUUGGUGAAAAUGGAGCUGUUGGACAACAAGCACGUGCAACAGCUAGGUGGUCAGCUGCUCAGAAUAGUGAAUGCGAUUUCGGAAAUGCACGCCGUCCAUUUGCAAUUGCUUAGCGGACCUGCCCUGUUUCCCGUAGAAGUCGACUUGUCAAACAAUGCGUUCCAGUACAAAUCUACAACGCCUGUCGUGAGGGAAAACGAAGACGAUGAGGAUCAGGACAUAGAGAACGGGGAGGAAGUCAAAGAGUCCUCGAUCUCGAUGAAUACGAUUUUGGAACAAAUUGAUUCGGAAUCGAAGCAAAAUGAAACCAUCCAAGAUCAGCCCUUGUUGCCUAACUUGUCCGCAGAUCCGACAGAGCUGGACUACGACCAGAUGGAUAACCUCACUCUCUUGUCGACCCUGGGUUUAGACGGCGGUAGUCCUCAGCAAAUAAAUCAAGAAGAAAAACUUCUGUUGCCUGAUCUAUAAUUAGUUAAAUAUUCGUUGCAUUUUAAUGUGUUUUUUGUUGUUAGUAAUAAAGAAUUGUGGUUUUGCGAUA